UCGCCCCUGGCCUUUCCUUUCCCUUCCCUUCCCUUUCGUUCCCCGCGGCGCGGCCCAGCCUUGUCGGGCGCGGCCCCUCGCUGACCGCCUCGCUCUGCGCUCUCCCCGCAGGACCCGUCUGUUCCCCCUCGGGCUAUAAGAAGGCGGAUGAUGAGAUGUCCGGAGCCACGUCCUCGGCGGAUCUGGACGAGGCACCAGCCCGCACCAUUUACUUGAACCAGCCCCAGCAGAGCAAGUUCCGCGACAACUGGGUCAGCACAGCUAAGUACAGCGUGGUGACAUUUCUACCUCGAUUCCUGUAUGAGCAGAUCAGAAAAGCUGCAAAUGCAUUCUUCCUCUUCAUUGCCUUACUGCAGCAAAUUCCAGAUGUGUCUCCAACAGGAAGAUAUACCACCUUGGUGCCAUUGCUAUUUAUUUUAACAAUUGCUGGCAUCAAAGAAAUUAUAGAAGACUAUAAAAGGCAUAAGGCAGACAGUGCAGUGAAUAAAAAGAAAACAAUAGUUUUAAGAAAUGGGAUGUGGCAGAACAUUAUUUGGAAGGAGGUAGCAGUAGGCGAUAUUGUGAAGGUCACCAAUGGGCAACAUCUUCCAGCAGAUAUGAUCAUUAUAUCUACCAGUGAACCACAAGCCAUGUGCUAUAUUGAAACAGCUAAUCUUGAUGGGGAGACAAAUCUUAAAAUACGGCAGGGGUUGUCUCUAACUGCUAGUCUCCAGUCAAGAGAAGAAUUGAUGAAAGUAUCUGGAAGAAUAGAAUGUGAGGGACCCAACCGUCAUCUUUAUGACUUCAUUGGAAACUUGCGCUUAGAUGGUCAAAGCCCAGUUCCUGUUGGUCCAGACCAGAUCUUGUUAAGAGGUGCACAGCUGAGAAACACUCAAUGGGUCUUGGGCAUUGUUGUGUAUACAGGACAUGAUACAAAGCUAAUGCAGAAUUCAACCAAAGCACCUCUGAAGAGAUCAAAUGUGGAGAAAGUAACCAACAUGCAGAUCCUGGUUUUGUUUUGUAUUCUUCUGGUGAUGGCCCUUGUGAGUUCUGUAGGUGCCUUAUUAUGGAACAGAACACACGGCGAAGUUGUCUGGUACCUUGGCUCCAACAAAAUGCUGUCUGUCAACUUUGGAUACAAUCUGCUGACAUUUAUAAUCUUGUACAACAACCUUAUUCCAAUCAGUCUUCUGGUGACAUUAGAAGUUGUUAAGUUUACUCAGGCUCUUUUUAUAAAUUGGGACAUAGAUAUGUAUUAUCCUGAAACAGAUACUCCUGCAAUGGCCAGAACCUCAAAUCUUAAUGAGGAACUUGGACAGGUGAAAUACCUGUUUUCUGAUAAAACGGGUACUCUAACAUGCAACGUCAUGAACUUCAAGAAAUGUAGUAUUGCUGGAGUGACAUAUGGUCACUUUCCUGAGCUGGAAAGAGAACGUUCAUCAGAAGACUUCAGCCAGCUACCUCCUCCUACCAGUGAAUCAUGUGAAUUCGAUGACCCAAGACUGCUGCAAAACAUUGAAAAUGACCAUCCCACAGCUGUGCACAUACAGGAGUUCCUCACUCUGCUGGCUGUGUGUCACACUGUUGUUCCUGAGAGACAAGGAAAUAAAAUUAUCUACCAGGCCUCCUCUCCAGAUGAAGGGGCCUUGGUGAAAGGAGCAAAAAAACUUGGUUAUGUUUUCACAGGACGGACUCCACAUUCUGUUAUCAUUGAUGCACUGGGAAAAGAAAAAACCUUUGAAAUUCUUAACGUGUUAGAGUUUUCCAGCAACAGGAAGAGGAUGUCAGUGAUUGUUCGAACUCCAUCAGGAAAGCUACGUCUCUACUGCAAAGGGGCUGAUAAUGUGAUUUUUGAGAGGCUUUCAAAAGAUUCCGAGUAUAUGGAGCAAACACUGUGUCAUCUUGAAUACUUCGCAACAGAAGGUCUGAGGACUUUGUGCAUUGCUUACGCAGAUCUGUCAGAAAACUCUUAUAGAGAGUGGCUGAAUGUCUACAAUGAGACCAGUACAGUUCUGAAAGACAGAGCUCAGAAGAUGGAGGAAUGCUAUGAGAUUAUUGAAAAGGAUUUGCUGCUUCUUGGAGCUACAGCCAUUGAAGACCGCCUGCAAGCAGGUGUUCCAGAAACAAUAGCCACACUAAUAAAGGCAGAAAUUAAGAUAUGGAUUCUGACGGGUGACAAGCAGGAAACGGCUCUCAACAUAGGGUAUUCUUGCAGACUCAUUUCACAGAGUAUGUCUCUCAUCCUGGUCAAUGAGGAUUCGCUAGAUGCAACAAGAGCCUCCCUGACUCAACAUUGUACCAGUCUGGGGGAGUCAUUGGGAAAGGAAAAUGAUAUUGCUCUGAUUAUUGAUGGCCACACACUGAAGUAUGCCCUUUCAUUUGAAGUAAGGCAGAGCUUUCUGGACUUGGCACUCUCCUGUAAAGCAGUAAUUUGUUGCAGAGUGUCUCCUCUACAGAAGUCUGAAAUAGUAGACAUGGUCAAGAAACACGUCAAUGCCAUAACACUUGCCAUUGGGGAUGGUGCCAAUGACGUGGGAAUGAUCCAGACAGCUCACGUUGGAGUGGGCAUCAGUGGCAAUGAGGGCAUGCAGGCAACCAAUUGCUCGGAUUACGCCAUUGCACAGUUUUCCUACUUGGAGAAGCUGUUGUUGGUCCAUGGAGCUUGGAGUUACAAUCGAGUUACCAAGUGCAUACUGUAUUGCUUCUACAAGAAUGUGGUUUUAUAUAUUAUUGAGCUUUGGUUUGCUUUCGUUAAUGGAUUUUCUGGGCAGAUCUUAUUUGAGCGAUGGUGCAUUGGUCUGUAUAAUGUGAUUUUCACAGCGCUGCCACCCUUCACUCUGGGAAUUUUUGAACGGUCAUGUACUCAAGACAGCAUGCUUAGAUUUCCACAGCUAUACAAAAUUACUCAGAAUGCAGAUGGGUUCAACACAAGGGUUUUCUGGGGUCACUGCAUCAAUGCCCUGAUCCAUUCCAUCAUUCUUUUCUGGUUUCCACUGAAAGUGCUGGAGCAUGAUGCAGUAUUCACAAAUGGCCAGGGAAUUGACUAUUUGUUUGUUGGGAACAUAGUUUACACUUAUGUUGUAGUCACUGUUUGUCUGAAAGCUGGCUUGGAAACAACUGCAUGGACUAGAUUCAGUCAUCUGGCCGUCUGGGGAAGCAUGCUGCUCUGGCUGGUAUUCUUUGGUGUCUACUCAGUCAUCUGGCCCACGAUUCCCAUCGCGCCAGACAUGAUGGGGCAGGCUGGAAUGGUGUUGAGAUGUGGAUACUUCUGGUUUGGCUUGUUUCUUGUGCCCACUGCGUGCCUUCUUAAAGACGUGGCAUGGACAGCGGCCAAGCAUACCUACCAUAAAACUUUGCUGGAGCAAGUUCAGGAGUUGGAGAUGAAGACGAGAGAACUGGGAAAAGCCAUGCUUCGUGAUAGUAAUGGAAAGAGCGUGAACGAACGUGAUCAUUUGUUAAAAAGGCUCAGCAGGAAAACUCCUCCGAGCCUUUUCCGCGCUCAUUCCGUCCAGCAGAGUGUAUCACAUGGGUAUGCAUUUUCUCAAGAAGAACACGGUGUUGUUUCCCAGUCACAAGUUGUUCGAUCCUACGACACAACCAAAAGGAGAACAGAAAUAGAAUAAAUGGUUCUUUACUUGAUGGGUGGUGGGAAUAAUGGGAUUUGGAUCAAUGCAUCCACUGUUAACACAUUCUUGACUAGGGUUGGCAGCAGCAGCCAAAACACCAGAGAACUCAUUUAUGUGGCCUUAGCCAACAAGUUUCUGUAUUCUCCCUGCAAACCUUGAGUACAUAUUGUGGGGGGAAAUCAUUGUUUGAAUUCAGUCACAAAGCUCUGCCUAAAGUUCUGUUUAUGUUGUUAUGAAGCAUUUGACUGUGCUAUGUGAGGUGUGAAAUUAAAAACAAUGUUUUACCACUA